CGCGCACACCUCUUGGUGCAGAUUGCAAAGCGCCUUCCGUUGGAGAGCUGCAGAUUUUGCAAGAGCCAGGCUCGCCCACCUUGUAGAAGCGCCUUGUGUCCCCUCGUACCCUCGGUUGCAAAGAACCAGCUGCCAGAUUUGGUCACCUCCCUCAGGCUUAGACUGCAUGGUCUCCGGGGAACCUCUGGAGUUACACGUUUCUGCACUGAGGACCGCGAAUUCCCGUUGCUCCUAGAAUUUGCAGUGUUCUGAAUACUGGAGAUUUGCAGCUCCACUCGUCCGCCGCUGGACAGACUGCUCACCCGAACCCCAGGAGUGUGCCGCUGACGGACAGGCCAGCUUUCCACCGCUCCAUGAGCCCGUGAACCUGGGGGCAGGUGCCCGGCGAUGGCGCGGCCCGCGAGCGACAGGACCCCGGCUCCCCUGCUGCUGGGCGGCCCAGCCGGGGCCCCGCCUGGCGGGGGAGCGCUGCUUGGGCUGAGAAGCCUUCUGCAGGGAACCAGCAAGCCCAAAGAGCCGGCCAGCUGUCUCCUGAAGGAGAAGGAGCGCAAGGCGGCUCCGCCGACGGCCACGGCCCCCGGGCCGGGCCUGGAGUCCGCGAGCCCGGCCGAUGCCCCAGCUGGGGCGGUGGUGGGCGGCGGGUCCCCGCGGGGGCGCCCGGGGGUCGGGCCUGGCCCGGGUCUGUUGGCGCCGCUGUUGUGGGAGCGGACGCUGCCGUUUGGCGACGUGGAGUACGUAGACUUGGACGCCUUCCUGCUGGAGCACGGGCUCCCACCCAGUCCGCCGCCUCCCGGGGGCUCGUCCCCGGUGCCCUCGCCCGCGUGCACCCCAGCGCCCUCCCCGGGACCCGGCUCCUGUGGCUCGGCCUCCCCCCACUCCUCGCCUGGGCACGCCCCCGCCCGGGCUGCCCUAGGGGCCGCGGGCGGCCACCGCGCAGACCUGAGCUCUCGGGACACACCUAGCCCUGUGGACCCAGACACCGUGGAGGUGCUGAUGACCUUUCAGCCGGACCCAGCUGAUCUAGCUUUGUCCAGCAUUCCUGGCCAUGAGACCUUUGACCCACGGAGACAUCGCUUCUCAGAGGAGGAACUUAAGCCCCAGCCUAUCAUGAAGAAGGCGAGGAAGAACCAGGUGCCAGAAGAGCAGAAGGAUGAGAAAUAUUGGAGCAGGCGGUAUAAGAACAAUGAAGCAGCCAAGCGUUCCCGCGAUGCCCGACGGCUUAAGGAGAAUCAGAUCUCCGUGCGGGCGGCCUUCCUGGAGAAGGAGAACGCCCUUUUGCGUCAGGAGGUGGUGGCGGUACGCCAGGAGCUGUCUCACUACCGCGCUGUGCUGUCCCGAUACCAGGCCCAGCAUGGGGCCUUGUGAGACUACGACCCCACCACGCGGCGGUGGCACCCUCUCCACCUCGUUCAAGACUUGUGCCCUGAUGCCCUCUUCCCUCCCCGCCCUGUGGCCCUCGGACUGGGUCAGCUGGGUGCCCCAGGGACUUGACAUUGCAGAUAAAUACAUUUAUAUUUUUAAGAAAAAGCGAGCCUCCCCCCUCCCUCGUGGGGGCGGGGAGGGUGCUGUGUGUGUGCCCCUGUCCCACGGGGGGGACCCCAGCCUCCCACCGCCUCCGUUAACUCGAUCCUGAAUAAAUCUUGAGAACCC